UGGGAACACUCAACCGCUACUGGACAGCUGUAGUACUUCCGGUCCACACCGAGCUUCCGGACCUAGUUUUAGCCAAAUCGGGCAAUUUGGAUGUGAAACUAUUAAUCUACUCCAUUGAGGACUGUACAUCAGACUACACCAUUAACAAUAAAUAACGUUUUCUAAAUUUCGCUGUCUUUUUAGGGGUGAUGAUGUUUUAAGGUGGAUUUCCAGUUCCCCGAAAAGUUGGAAAACUGAAUAAUUGGCAGAAGCAAUGCCAGUCCAGCCAAUGCACAAGGAGCCAGAAGAAAUGGAGAUGGAAGCUGAUUCAGCUGCGGAGGUCAAUGGGGAGGAAGAGGACACAGAGGAGGAGCAGAGUGGCAGCCAGUCAGAGAGUGAAGAAGAAAGUUCAGAAAUGGAUGAUGAGGAUUGUGAACGCCGUAGAAUAGAAUGCCUUGAUGAAAUGUCUGACCUGGAAAAGCAAUUCACCGAUUUAAAGGAGAAAUUGUUUAAAGAACGACUCAGCCAAGUAAAAGCAAAAUUAGAGGAAGUAAUAGAAGGAAAAGCAGCCGAGUACCUUGAGCCUCUUGCAGUUCUUCAGAAUAAUAUGAAGAUUCGAACUGAAGUGGCAGAUACAGUGGAAGGAACUUCCCACUCCAAAGAGCAGCCAUCUUUGAAGAAGGCCAAGAAGUCUAGGCUGAAUUCUUCUGCUGUACAGCCUCCACUAGACAUUUCUCCAGAGAAGUUUACUGAAUUUUGUUUUUUUUUAGGUUUAGUUAAAACAGAGAAACACCUAUACUCUGCUAAGUGUGAAGAUGGAAGACUGUACUAUGAAGGGGAAAGUUUCAUUAAAGGUCAAAACAUUAUUCUACAAGUAAAAGAUGAAAUGCCCUCACAAGCCACCAUCACAGCAGUCAGCACAGCAGAAGUCUGGUUAAGAAGAGAAGACGGAAGUAAAACUAAACUUUAUGUGUCACAGCUUCAGAAAGGGAAGUAUACUAUUCGAAAGGUGUAACCUUCACCAUCAAAGACUCCUGUAACAGAAUGUGAGAAAUUUGACAGAGCAAGAUUGAAGCAACAUAAAAGCUACUGUAUACAGCCAUGGGAAGCAGUCUGUGGAAGCGUCAGUAACUCUGUAAGGCACCACAUUGCAUCCUUACUCUUGAGGUUACUUUCCUGGUUCAGAAUAAAGACUUAAUCUUCACUACUGAAUAUGGUAGCUGAAGGCUUGAAGCAAUAAAUUCAUACUAGCAGCUAUUGAAACACUUAUUCCUCUUUAUGCAACUUGCACUAGCAAUAGAUGAAAUUUAUUUUUGUAAAUUUUCAAGUUUAUACACUAUAAGAACUAUUUAAGUGUGUGUUAAUGCUUAUGACAGACUUGGGGUAAUGCUGAAAUUGUUUUUCACUGGUUUCAUAACUAUGCUUUCUGAAAAGGUUGCCUCAUUUGUGUCUUCAGCUGCUGUUAAAGGCACAUUAUGCUUCUUAGAUAAAGUUAGAUGGUGCAUGGCAUCUUUUUUCCAUCAAAUGUAUGGUAUGAUAAUUCAGUAACAAAUACUUUUAUUGCUUAGUUUUUAUGCCAUUGCCAUAACAGGUGGAUUUAAUCUUUUGGCUUGCGUGUGAUUUUUUUUUUUUCUUAAGCAGUGUGUUUGCAUUUAUGAGGUAUUUACAGUAAAAGAUUUGUAGUUAUGCAAUACUGUUCCAAUAUUAAUAUACAACAAUGACGAUUGUAAUUUCCAAGAAGUAGCCUUAUAUUGACUUGCUGUGAUAACAUUAAAAGUUUUGAACAGGGGUUCCAGAAGAAAGCAUAAAAGUGUUAGCAGUCUUUAGAGAAAAUCCAUUUCCACUCAAGAGUUUUAGACUCCGUCGAUGCCAUUUGAAUGGUAAUGGCAUUUCUUUUAUUAGGCACUUUUAAAUGUGGCAUCUCCUUGAAGUUCCAUAUUUAACAACACUGGUUACAUGUUCCAGUAUAGAAAUAUGCCUGCAUCAGAUUUUAGUGAAAAAGUAGUAUUUGUGUAAAUAUUUAUUUUUUUAAACCAAUUAUCAGUUUAGUUUUGAAUUUUAAAUUAUGAGGUAUUUAUAAAUAAAACAAGAUUAUAAAUCUGAAA